AUGAAAGUGUUGUUCAACGUUUUUUUGCUGCUUUUGGUGUUUUUGGCAGCGACCGGAAGCAGUCCCUUGUUUUCGCGGAAAUUGGGAGAUUGGAGAGAUCCUUGGUCUGCUGUGGCAUAUCGCGAGCGGUUGCAGAGCUGGGGCCUCUAUCCGAAGGUGUUUCGCUACGGGACGACGAAUCACCGUAAGCCUCUGUCGGAUCUGAAGCGAGCAGAACUGAACUGGCUUACGCGUAUCGUUAGGGAUAAUGAGGAGGUGCAGGAUAAUGGACGUGUAUGGACGGCUUCUGGUGAAAGUAUCGAACGGGAUCGACAGUACGAACGAUUUAAGGAGAAACACUUUCAGAAAAUGGAGCAGGAUGCUAUGGAGGUCCUAUGGCGGUAUCGUUGA